AUGGGUUUUACUCCACAUGUUAUCACUGUUGUAGUUGGAGAAGUAGUCAUUCCUUUCAUUAUUAUGUAUUCUUUUCUUAUUGUCAGACAUUGCAACAAAAAUAAUGUCAUUUUCGCAACAGGGGCCAAGAGCUCUGUCAGCAGGGCUGUUGAAGAUAUUGACUGGGAUUCUUUUACUGUCAAGGGGACAUGCCAGGAAAUUGAGAAACAUAAUUUGUGGCUUACUUCUGCCCCUGAUCCAGCUACUGUAAGACUGGAAGAAGUACUAGAAAAAGCUCUGCUUAUGGUUCAAAAUUCUCAAAAGAAUUACUUCUACAAGUGUGAUCAAUUGAAGUCCAUUCGUCAAGAUUUAACUGUGCAAAGAAUUCAAAAUCAACUAACAGCAAAGGUUUAUGAAACUCAUGCUCGGUUAGCAUUUGAUGUUGGGGACCUACCUGAGUAUAAUCAGUGCCAAUCUCAGCUGCAAUCCCUUUAUGCUGAAGGAAUUGAGGGAUGCCACAUGGAUUUUGCUGCAUACAACUUACUAUGUGUUAUCUUGGACUUUAGUAACAACAGAGAUCAUGUAUCAUCUAUGUCGAGAUAAUCAAGUGAAGCUAAAAGAGAUAAUGCAGUAAGGCACGCUCUUGCAGUUCGGGCAGCUGUCACUUCUGGAAACUAUGUUAUGUUCGUCAGGCUCUUCAAAACAGCACCAAAUUUGAACACUUGCCUGAUGGAUCGAUAUGUUGAAAAGAUGCGGUUUAAGAUAGUGUGCUGCAUAUCUCGAUCUUAUCGGCCUACGUUACCUGUUUCUUAUAUCGCUUAGGUUCUGGGCUUCUCUAGUGUUGCUUCUGACAAUGAUGAAAAAGAUUCAAAUGGAUUAGAGGAAUGUAUUGAGUGGUUGAAGGCACAUGGCACAUGUCUUAUUACAGAUAACAAUGGAUAGAAGGAGCUUGAUGCCAAGAUUCAACAAGUGAAGUGCCAAAUAAAAUCUGAUUUGGAAGGUUUUGGCGUGCUGACAUUUGGAAGAUCAUGAAUUCCUAUUUUUACUUUUGAAUAUGCAACUGUUUAUGACUGUUUUGUUGACUGUUGUGAGAAUGUUUUGUUUAUGUUAAUUAGGCAGUGUUGAAUAUCUUAAGACUUUUAGAUUGUUUUUUUUAGAUAAUCUUGAAUGUAUUUUGACACAAUUAUUUGGUUAUAUGUGUUAUGAACCAUAUAAUUGGUACUCAAAAAUAUAUUUGAACAAUGUUAAGGGUGUCUUAAGUAUAUUAAACGAAGUGGGU